AUGGUCAAUACAAAACAACUAAUUGCCAAUUUAGAAUUACCCAAAUUACCUUUUAAUCAUGAAAAACAAACAACUCAAAAACCAACACACAAUUAUUUAUCCAAUACAACAAUCACCGAUGCUGGUAUUAUGGACCCAGCACAAUUCACACGGAAGAAUUUAAAGUCAGCGUUACAUAUUAUAACUCAAGAAUUGAAGAAGAGAGGUACCAAGACUCCCCAUAUAUUUCUUCCGUUCAGAUCUAAAGUUAAUGACGAAAAAUUGGAAUCAUUUCUAUCAUCUAUUGCGCCUCUGGGUGAACUACGAACAGAUAAUACACUUUUGCAACAACUAUGUUCUGAAACUGAUGAAUUUACUUUGAUUAGUGCUUUGAAAUAUUUUUGGUCACGUUUACCUAAUAAUGAAAUUAUUGGAUGGGAUGUCUAUCUUGAAUUUAAACGUCGAGAGGCAGAAAAGGGAUAUCCCAAAAAUGCAUUCUUAUCGAUUAUGCCAAAAUGUUUGUCAUCUCCAGCUCAUGCCUCUAUUGUCUAUGAUUUUUUGGAUUUGAUAUUGAGCAUAACAUCAAAUUCUCAAUUCAAUUAUCUAAGUGGUCGGAAAAUAAGCAAGAUGGCAAGUUUCUGGGCAUUUAGUUGCCGACAACAGUUUCUACAAUCGCCAUUUUAUGAUGCAACUCAGGAAGAGGCAGAACAUAAUUUUAUUGAAGGGAUCGAUACUUGGAAGAAAUCAACUAAUGCUCUUUUCCAUUUAGUCUUGGCUUUUUUGAGAUCAAUGCUACCUGAAACCAAUUCCGAAACAUUAAAAAUACCAAAGACUUUACAGUCUUUGUUGGUAACCACACAGUACCCUCCUUCCUCGGACAAUGAGUCUGACCAAAGCAUGUUAAGAGGUGCUAUUACCAUUCCCUGUGUUUGUGUAUCAACCACACAACCUUCAAAAGAUGCAUAUGAAUUGAUUAGCAAAGUGAGGCAUAAUCUAAAAUUUGAUAAAAAGGAUGAUUUCUUGUCAAUCGAGAAUUACACGAUUUUGAAGAAUUUAUUCUCGAAAAAGGGCACAUUUGAAAUUGUUAAUUCCUUAACUGAUGAAUCAAAAAGAAUUUUAUCAAGAAUUUCCAGUGAACCAAUAUCAUCAAAAUUCAAUAUUUCUCCAGGUUGGAACAAAUCAAAAGUAGAAACCGAUCCAGAUAUUCCUUUGUUUUCAGAAAUUUCUAUCAAAGAUGUGUCAAUACAUGACUACUACAUAUGGACUUGGUUGGCGUCAAUUAGUAGUGAUCAGCCAUCUGUGACCAAGCAAAUAUUUGGAAGAUCUAUUGUUGUCGAGGCGGAAGUGUUGGGAUUUCAAAAAUGGAUUGUUGUAACUGAGAAAACCUUAAGUUCAGAAGGAUAUUUGCAGCGAUUCAAUUUGGAUAGACGAAUGCUAAGUAAACAUAAACGACAAAUAUCUAUGGAAGAUUAUAAAAAUUUACCAUUACCUCCAAUUCCUGUGCAGGAAACUGAAAACGGCAAAAUAAAUGAGGAAUCUUCAAAUAAAAAUGCAAAUGAAGGUCGUAAACAUUCUAAUUCGGUGUCUUCAACUUCAGUAUUUUCCAAUAAGAAAAAUGAUAUGGGAGAGUUCAAACAGAAUCAGAAUGUAAACUCGGCUAGGUCCAGUGCUGGCACAUCCACUUCGAAUCAUUCACAAGAGAAAGCUACUCAGUCAGCACCACCUUAUGUGACUCGAGCCUCAGACAUAUUUGAUAAACUGUUCAGUGAUCAAUUCAGCUACAUUUACCCAAUUUUAAAUGAUACGAUGGAAACUAAUGAGGUUGAUCAACAAAACACCUCAUCAAGAGAGUUGGCUACCUCUACAUCAAGGUUUACAAAGACUACAUUGGGAGAUAUGAUAGCUCCAGCAAAGAAUCCAGUUGGUAGAAAAGCUCCUCCUUCUUUUGUAUCGAAUUCGUCUAUUUUAGAAGCAUACACUAACACACCAAAUUCACAAGACCUGUUUCUUAAUCACAGACAAUCGGGUACUCCCGAUAACACUUUUUCACCAUCAAAAAGUGACAAUAAUACUAUUGAUACUUUGAAGGAAGAUAAAUAUUUUGAACCCUUUGAUUUGUAUCACCCUGAAAUGGACACAAGCUCACAACAAGGAUCGGUAGAGCCAUAUGAUAACUACUAUGUGGGUAUAGAAGCUAAGACGUCUGCAACUACUGCUCCUCAAAAACUUCAACCACCUGCUGCUACACAUUCUCAAUUUUCUCAACCUCUGCAGAGGUUACCAAAUGACAUUCUGAGUUUACCUUCUGAUUCUACAAUUGUUUAUAAGGACGAAAAGUUCAAUGACGAUAAUACCAUUGCUGCUACACCAAAUAAUGGACUGGAGAAUAUUAAUGGAGAAAAUAUGGGAAAUGAACUUUUGGAAGAACAAACAAAAGAGGAAAAAGAAGAAGAAUUGCAACGCAAAAUUGAAGAAAAGAAACAGAAAAAGAAAAAGGAGAAAAAGAAAUUAGAGAAACAGGCAGAAGCAGCUCAAUUAGCGGCUGCUCAAGCUGCAGGGUUCCCAUUUGCAUUGUUGCCGUCUAAUAUGCCACCUCCACAUAUUCCAGGGAUGCCUGAAACUCCACAUGAAAAGAAGAAGAAUUCAUCUACAUCACCUAAGAAGAAGAAGCAAAAUUCUCCCAAGAAAAAUACAUCUCCAAAAAAUAAAACUCCAAAGAAAGUAAAGAGAAUCCCAUGCGAUCCAAAUAAACCAUUACCACAACCAACAGAAGUAGUUGAAAAACAAGAAAAUUCAAAUCUCAACUCUUCUUCAGCUACAGACUUGGAAUCUCCUGUGCGUGUAAAUGAUAAAAAACUUGUUAUUCUGUCACCACCAGAAAAUGAUUCAAUACCUUUACUUGCACCACCACCUUCUAACAAUUCUAUAAUGAGUUCACCAAGAAUGGGAUUUGUCAGUUCACCAAGAAUUCCACCUGCCCAGUUCUCCAAUCCCGAGGCACCAUCUAAUGACCAAUUGGUGACACCAAAGGAGCAAUAUAAUAUUUUCAUUUCACAACCACCGCAUGGGACAGAAACAGGUGUCCAAUCACCAAAACAUCCUUAUUUUAUGCAAGAUGAAAGGGUACAUCCAACUGAAGAGGUUCCAGCUCCAGUUCAAGCUCCAGUUCCAGCUCCAGUUCCAGCUUCAGCUUCAAAGCCACAGAUAGCUAAUAUUGAUACUACUCCAUUACCACCAGCUAACCAACAUAAACCAUCGGUAUCUAAUUUGGAGCCACGUACACCGGUAGAAGCCACCUCAACCCAUAACAGCUUACAGCCAAAGAAUCAGCCACAACCACAAGCAUCUGUAUAUAAUGCAACACCACCAAUGUCACAUCCACCUCUACAUAGCUUGCCUCGACCAAACUAUUAUCAACAACCACUGCACAAUCAACAUUAUUUCCAACCGAUGCCACCACAUCCACAGUUUGUUCCAAGACAACAGCAACCUUCAUACUAUCAACAGCAACCAUUGCCUUAUGGUUCUUCUCCAAUGCCACAACAAGCACCUGUGCCAAUGCAGUCAUAUCAUCCACAUGCACCACCUCCACAACAAAUGCAAUAUCAACAAUACUUUUCUCAACACCCAAACUCAAACCCACAUCCACAUCCACAUCCACAUCAACAUCUACCUCCACCACUUUCACAUAACGGUAUGAUGAUGAUGCAUUCUCCACAACAUGCACCAAUGCAAUCCCCAUCAACAAUGGGUCCUAUGAAUGGAGGUGGUGCAAACAAUGCUGUGAUGAAUAUGGUUCCAGUUGGAGGAAGACACAAUAAAAACCAAACCACCAAUAAAGCCAAUUUACGUGCUGCUUUUGUUGAAGGCAGUUUUGGUAUUUAA